AUGGAUACCUGUUUCGCGGUGCUUGACUCUGAGCCGCCUAUUUUCUGCAUGAGUUCCUUUGGGCCAGAAAGUGGAGCCACCGGCAUGCGACAUCCAGCUGUACCACUGAAAAUGGGUGGAUGUAAUAUUUUUUCAACAUUAGCCAGACAAAGGAUCCAGCUCACGGCAUUCAGCUACGAAACGAAGAUUUACAAAGAUAGCGAGGAUGGUGAUCGUCUGGUGAAUGACGAUCGAGCUCCAGGCGAUAAUGAGCGCGAACAAGAACGAGACCUGAAUUGGCGCUAAAAAUACUUUUGCCUGGGCGAGUAUGAACGACUCCUUGAACGGUAUCGAGAUGAGGAACUCGAUUCAGUAGAUGAGGAUGAGUUGGAUCUGGAUGACCGUGAGGAAUAUGAAGAUGAUGAACUGCUACGGCUAGGCCUGCAAAGUCAAAAUCAGACGCCUAUCAACACCUUGGAACCACCAAAAAGGAGCACGUACCUUGACCGUGCAUUCACUCGAAACCAAUACCUUCAGCUUUUCUUCUAG